AUGUAAGUUGUAAUCCAGCAAAAUGAAACAAAAUGCCAAGUUCUUCACGAUUACUUGAUGCAAACUUAUUCACCAGCACUAGUCAAUCAUCUUACUUAGACUGAUUUAUAUUUAAAAUAGGAACUAUAAGAUUUUCAAAAAGUAGAAGAGGAAAGCGAUGGGUUGGAAGAGUUGCUCUUGGAGCAUAAGACAGCCAUAUAAAAGGUUGUGAAAUAGUUGAACGAAAAGAUAUAAUCAGAAUAGGACAAAAUGAAAAAAGCGGAAACUUAUAAAAAAGGAAAGAAGGAUGAAUUAUCUGCCUUCUAAAAGGCUAUUGACUCAGUUUCAACUGCUAUGAAAGAAACUUGUUCGAAAAUUGACAUUAAAGAGUUAAAUAAGAUUGGUCAGCUACCUUAAGGGAUGGAUCAAUUCAUGGCACAAUUAUUUUCAAUUGUUUACAAUGAGGAUCAAGGUAAAUUUAAUUGGACUGAAUUCAAGAAAAAAGUUUUUGAUUAGGAUAAAGGAGGUGAUUUUUAAAGCAGAUUAGCCAAUUUUUAAUUUAAAGGGGUCAGCUCAGAAAAAGAGAACCUAUUAUUGUAAAUGAAAGCUGAUCCUUAAUUCCAGAAGGUCUUCUCGGAUCCAAAAUACACAAGAGCAUUUUUAGAUAUUGCCGAUUGGGUUUUGAAGUAUAUUAUAUAUUAGAUUUCUUUUGCUGUUUCUGGCGUGGAUACUUAAAGAAGAAGGGAUCUUGUAUACGCUGAAUUUGAUAGAAUCGAUAAAGAGUUUAGUGCAAGAAAAUUAGAACUUGAAAGUUAUUAUAAAACAUUUGAAUUUUGGAAUUCAUAAUUAAAUUAUUCAGAAAAUUAAUUGAUAUUUCUCAAUAAAUUCAAACCAAAUAUCAAAUAGACACAAAAAGAUAUUACAAAAAGCAAAUAGAAUUUAGAUAUCCAUGCUGAUAAAUAUCUAACCGAAGUAAGGAAAAUGAAUGGAUUAUUCUAAUAAAUCAUUUGA